AAUUUGUCGCACAUAUUCGAUAUUUAAUUUUUUCAGCAGCUUUAUUUUUUGUAGUUUUCGAUGGCGCCAAAUGGCUGGUUUCGGGAUAUUCCCGUGAAAUAUCAAUAACAUGGAUUCGUCUUGUCAUGCAUUACGUACGAGAUAAAUAUGGUACUGCAUACAUUUUAGUGAAAUCAUCAUCUAAAGUGUGCUGAAAGUUCCCAAGUGACUGAGAAAGAACAUUGUUUACGGGGGACCCUCAUCUCGUCUUAGUUCAGCCUAGAUGAUGUUUAUACUUGGAUAUUUUCUACAAUUGAUGAGUUGCUUAUGGUUUAGGAUUUUAUCCUAGUGAUCUUCUGCAUGUGUUUGUCGGAAAAGAGUCACUUAAGAAUCAAGAAAAACGAUUUAUUAUGACAAGAGGGGAUGGGAAUUUUUUUCCAAGAUGGCGUUCGUUCUCAAAAAGCUUGCUUUGCACCGUUAUUUACGUCUGUCAUAUUUACACCGUUUGUUAAAGGCAUAUGACUAAACGUUAGAAAAGCAGACAUGUCCAUCGUUGUUUAUCCAGUGCUGCUUUUCUUCUACUAAAACAUGUCUCAAAGAGUGAAGAAAUUGCCAUCUAAAGGCAAGUGUGAAGAUGGGACUCAGACCAUGAGUUCAAAAGGAAAACGGAAACGCCUGCGUGUAGGUGCUGGGACCAAAAGUAAUUGUGGAGGAGGAGUCUUAUCAGGUGAUGACCAUACUCAGUCUCACCCAGAUUCAGCCUCCAAAACCCCAUGGACUCCCCGCUACCUUUCUGACCUCAAGAGCUCUAAUAUUUAUAAUCGAAAUGCAAUUGAAGCACCUGCAGAGUUGUUUCGAAAAGAUCUUAUUUCAGCAAUGAAAUUACCAGACUCUGAGCCCCUAGGCACAGAAGAUUAUUGGUCAUUAUCUGAUCCGUGGCGUCAAGAAUGGGAACGAGGCGUUCAAGUUCCAGUGUCUCCUGAUUCGUUACCGAUCCCUCGAGUCGUUUGUCUCCCUAAUGCGCAUGCGCCAGAAAGGACACAUGAUUUCAAACUCCCGAAAAACAAAUUUGUAAGGGUAACGCAUGAUGAUUUCUAUUCGCCUGAAAUCCACCAAUUGACUUCAGCUCCAGCGCGAUCACAACAAGCAUGCGCUUAUGAUAUGGACGAUUUGGAUCUAGCGUGGUUAAACCGUGUAAAUGCUCAGCGUAACGCGAUUGCAGGUUCAUCCAAGAUCUCUGAAUUAUCAUUCGAACAAACCAUGGAAGAGCUUGAGCGCCAAUCAUGGGCCAAUAUGCAAACUUUGCUCAAGACAGAAGAGUUUCUCGGCAUCGAAUAUGACGAGAACGUUAUCUGUGAUGUCUGCAGAGGGCCGGAUUCGGAAGAAGGCAAUGAAAUGGUCUUCUGCGAUCGUUGCAAUAUUUGCGUUCAUCAAGCUUGCUACGGCAUUUUAAGUAUUCCCCCUGGUCCUUGGUUGUGCAAACCUUGUUCACUUGGUUUACGCCCGCCAUGUCAGCUUUGUCCCAAUCAAGGUGGGGCACUGAAAGCUACACGAGGUGGAUCGACGUGGGCUCAUGUGGCAUGUGCUCUAUGGAUACCUGAAGUAUCUAUAGGCUGUGUUGAAAAGAUGGAGCCCAUCACUAAAAUAUCAAGCAUACCGCCAAGUCGGUGGAGUCUAAAUUGUGUAUUAUGCAAAGAAAAGAGUGGGGCCUGCAUACAGUGUUCAGUCAAGUCUUGUAAAACUGCCUACCACGUUACUUGCGGUUUUAGACACAGUUUAGAGAUGAAAGCUAUUGUCGAGGAUGAACAUUCAGAAGACGGGGUGAAGCUAAGAUCGUACUGCCAAAAACACUCGAUGGUCAAGAAAAAUACUGGAGGGGUCAGUGGAUCUCAUACGGAAGGCGAAGUGGAAGAAAACACACAAUCUGUUAGGAAAGUAAAGAAAGAAAUGACCGUAGAAGAAAGGAACUUGAUCCGUGCCCAAAAGUUGCAACUAAUUGAAUCGGAAUUCUUCAAGCACGCUAGCAUUAGCGAAACAUCCCGAACGUUAGAUCUUGACCUCGAUGUUGUUGAUCAAAUUUUUCAUUUUUGGAUUCUCAAAAGAAAGUCUAAUCGAGACAGACCAUUGCUUCCACCCAAAACUACCGAGACGGAGAGACUGAGUCAACAACAACAGCAAGAUAUGGAACGUAUGAAAUUAUUUGUACAACUGAGGCAAGAUCUGGAGAGGGUCCGGAAUUUGUGUUACAUGGUCAGCCGUAGAGAGAAGUUAUCGCGUUCUUAUUUUCGAUUGCGCGAACAAACUUUUCACAAGCAAGUAGCCGUCUUGUCUUUGUCUGAUCUCAAAAAUGCAUCUCCAACAGAGAUGGUUGCAUUACGUGACGCAAAUCACGGGCCAAACAUCUACGAUAUCAUGUACUCACGUGGGGAAAGUAGCCGAAAAGAGAACUUCGAACAAGUCAUUCAACUCAUUGGAGGUGUACAGGCUAAUGCAGCGAUUACAAAAAAGGAUAAAAAUGGACUUGUAAGUCGACCUAAUCAUGUAAAAGGUGAAAAUCCGUAUAAACGUACCUACAUGAACGGAGGCGAAAGUCGCAGGUCUCGGUCACUUUCCUCUAUUAGUGCCGAAUCGGCUGCAUCUGAUACUGAAACGAACUGUAAAUGGAAGAGAGCGAUUCCGAGAACACCUUCGCAAACGUCAAUAACUUCAGUUGAUAGCGAUUUUGAUGUGGCCAUCACACAGUUUAGUUCCAAGAAAGCCGUCUCUAAAAUGUGUGACCGAGUCGGCAAGUAUAUUUAUACGGACAGUGAGGAGGAAAUGGGACGUCGUAGUGACCCCAGCUCCUCUGUUGUGCGAACUAAAGCGGCUGUUAAAGCAUUCUCUCCAGUCACAACUGCCAGUCGCGGUCGUGGUAAGAAAGCUAGUGAACCCAAAACAGUAAUCAAAUCCACUACUGAGUUGAUCGUGCCACAGCGACAAGCUGCGAAAAAAGCGACCGAAAGUUUGCAUAGCGCUAACGCCAAUGUUUCAGCCAAGGAGAAAAAAGAAGAGAAAGAUACUAAAGGUGUGGGUAAAGAAAAUGUCGUUCUCCCGCAGCAGUCUAAAAGUGAAUUGAAGGGUAGUACAGAAAUGACGAAUUCAACCUCAGAAGAAACCUGUUCAGUAGAAAAAACCAAAGGAGAUAACAAAAGCAGCAAGGAUAAAGACAAAAAGGCUUCUUUCGUUUCCACUGAAAAAAUUGCAGCCUCAUCAGACUUCCCAUCGUAUGUUCCUCAGAGGCAGGCAGCAAGGAAAGCGGCCGAGACUAUCAAAAUUGGGAGCUGCAAGUCGUCGGUUUCGUUGUUUGAUAUCGAUUCCGAGUUAUCGGGUGAUUCGUCGAUGAAAAAGAAAAUAAGAACCGAUUCGAAAAUGUUGACUGCCCCAGUUGCCAAAGGAAAACUGGAGUUGAAAACAAAAUCCAAGAUUGAUCGUCUCUUCGACUCGACUGAUUCAGAUUCCGUUGAUACGAAAGAAGAUAACGAGCUUACUAACAAAAAGAAAGGUAAGAUGGGUGCUGAUGCGGAGACGACUCAGGUAGCCGGUAAGCCCUUUCGAGACAGGGGUCCCCGGCCAUCAGAGUCCGAAUCCCAUUCCGCCCGAGGAGGUGUGGCUUCGUCCGGCCAGUCCUCCUCAGCUGGUCGUGGGGCCCAGAAAACAUCCGGCAAAAAUGUAUCCGCCACGAAGUCUUCCGCGACAGCUCUUGCGGAAAAGAAAAGUGGAUCAGUCCGAAAUAAAGCCCAAUCAGUUGGAGAAUCUGCCGCGCAACUCAAACAGCAACAACAAAUCAAGAAAGUUGCUCAAAUCAGUGCGUUGUCUGCGAUCCCAUCUGAAACCGAAUGGCCUGUCGCCAAUAGAGCUCAACAACAAUCCCUCAGAUCUAGAACCAGAUCCAGUUCAUCCAGUUCAAGAUCUCGAUCUAGUAGCUCCUCAAGCUCGUCUUCCUCCUCAAGUUCCUCCUCAUCUGGAUCUUCAAACUCCAGCCUUAGUAGCUCAUCUAGUUCCAACUCGUCCAGCCAAUCAGCCACCUCCACCAUCGACACUAAAGUUAAAACGCAGUCAACUACGCAGCCACAACAACCGUCUCCCAAGACCGAACCUGGAACUGCCGUCAAUUCCGCUGACAUCGUUGUUAAACCUUCAAACAAAUUCUCCGCUUCGUCCUCUUCUUCAUCAUCGUCAUCGUCGUCAUCAUCCGAUUCAUCGAGUUCCGAUUCCGAAUCAGAAUCAAACGUCAAAGAAGUUGUUCCCCAAACAAAGACGAUCAAAGACCGAAUCACACCGCCCCGACAAAAGAACGGUGGCUUCAGGGCCGUCCCAGAAGCGGAAAAUCCAGCAACCAGUGUUCCCAUCUCAAUCGAAUCCGAUGAGUCGCCCACUGCAAGAACGAAAUUGCCCAUCGCCGAUAGUGAUAGUCGAUCACGUACUAUCAAUCCUAAGCCGAAGCCCACCAACAAGCGGAGUGAAAGAGAUCACAUCCCAUCGAAACAAGAUCACGAGGAAUUGGACAGUCAGCAACCAUGUCGGACAAGUACUGGAUUCCAACACAUUGACGGAAAGUGUCGAAAUUCAGUUGAGUUUCCCAACUCAGAGUCAACCUGUGCCCAAGUUAACGAGGAUCAAUUAUGCAGACAAGAAGCCCAAAGUGAUAAAGGACAACGGAACGUUACCCCACCGGAGUCGGAAGCCUCGAGAGCCAGGCACGAAGAAGGAGCUGAAAUGGUUGAACGCCCAAUUCUUCAACGGGCGCCCCAAACGCCUGACGAGGGAUCCGCGGAGCACAGAAGAAACAAAGAGCUCUCUGACUAUCAGUUCGAGCAAACGAGGCCGAUCGAAGGGUCUCUCUCCGUAGCUCAGCCUCCCAUGAAAAAAGCGAAAGAAGAAAUCAACAGAAGUGAUCUAUUUGAGUUUGACGAAAGCGAAUUGUUGGAUAUCGCCCGCAGUGUAUCCGACAGUGACACAGGUUUUCUUAAAAAUACCGCUCAAAUAAGUGAAGGUCGAUUGUUCGACGAAGAGUAUGAUCAAGACGAAACUGCAGCUCUUUCUACUUUGAGUUAUUCUUUCAAUGCGGAGGCGAUUCCCAAGGCGGACACUAACGAAGACAGUGCCAGGGAAACAAUGAAUCUCGUUGAGAAAUUGCGAAUGCAAUACGCAAUUAAAACUGGACCUACAUCUACAACUCCUUUGCAAACCACCGAAUGCCUGGAAGUGAAUUCCGAAGAGAGAUCAUGCGGACCACCUGACCAACUCCUACCCUCCACUCAGUCGGAAGAUCACAAAAGUAAUUGUCAUUCGCUAUCUGUCAUCACAGAUAAGGGGCAGGAUUCGUCGUUUGCUGAACGAGCUGUUACGCCCUCCAACAACAGUGUGCCCGUUAGUAAAUGGAAACCGUUGACUCCAGCCAAAGAACCAACAAGCACAAUAGUCGACCGUGAGGCAUCUGUCGCUCCUGAAAUGCCUGUUCUUUCGGUGAGUCAAGAGUCACAAGAUGCAGUCGAAACACAAUCCCCUUCGUCCGCCCAAAGUAGGUCAUCGCCAUCUACUUAUUCACACGCCAAUCCUUCGUCGAUUGCUUCCCAGGAUCAUGCUCUAUCCCCUUACUUUUUCAACGUUCCUUUUUCGACUCCUUUCCACUUUCCGCCGUAUUUCAGUUCCUUUUUCAGACCGGAAUUCCUUCCACCUUUCCUUUACCCGUCCUCGUUCAAUGCUUCUACUAUGGGAGAUGUGUCGAUGCUACAGCGUCCUGGCGUUCCCUCACAAGCGUCACCGUUCCUGUGUCCACCACAUCCGGCGCUGCCUUUGCCCAGUUCGACAACAUUGGCCGAGUGUUCGACACCUACAGAAGCACCUCGAUUGGAUUCGCAACACCUUUCAGUUUCCAAACCCUGUGAGUCUCAUGUCCGGGCUGAAAAGGAGCAGCUGCUGCUGCCCAUUAUUUCCACCGACGAACCUAUGAACCAGUCUUCGGAGAUUGUCGUUUCGACACUGCCAGGAGUCCGCUCCCCUGCUAAAGUACCUCCAGAACCAAUGUUACCAGCACAGGCGUUUAGCCAGUCGACUGACACCACAGAAUGUAACAAAGAAGAUCCGAGUUCUAUAACAUUGCCGUCAUCACCUUUGCGGACAAUCACGCCGUUGUCCCGGACGCUCGACGGAUCAUUUCUGCCAGUUCAACCAGUUCAGCCAGAGGACCCGAAUAUUGGAACAUCUUCAGUCAUGGCCACUACAAUGGACGUGAGCUACAGGGCGGUAUCGUCAAUCGUGCAUGUAGUGUCGCCGAUUGUUUCGUCACCGACGACGACGGUCGAAGCCGUCUCCCUCAGUUCAGAAAGACGGCAACGACCUACUCGACAAGCAGCUAUCAACGCCACUAAAGCCACUGCCGAGCAGCUGAACGAAAUGCAUCCAGGCGCUGCUCCAAGUACUGAAACCAUGCCGACCCCCGAGAUACCAGCCUUGACUUCCAACGUAUCACCCACUAGGCCACGAGGAGGAGGGAGAGGAAGAGGCGGCCAGCGUGGAGCCCGUAGUAGAGGAGGUACGGUGUCGAAGAGAGCCUCCGUGGGAGUUUUCGAGCCGAAAAUUGUCUCCGGGCUUUCAUCUCAAGAUCUUGUGGGGACCGUUUACGAUUUCGAUGACUUUAACGAUGAUCACAUUAGUGAUCCCGAGCGCAGUUGUCCUCUGAAUUCGAAAAUGAUUCGCAAACCGGACGUGUUUUCCAGUCCCGUCAGUGGUAAGAGUCCUAAAUGUAAAUCCGGACUUCAGUCGCUUUCAAUUACCGGGCUUACCCGCACAAGAAAAAGUCGUGAACCGUCGACGGAUAGCGCUGGCUUUGAUUCGGAGAACGAGAUAUCCCGCAGAAUGAGCAGCAAUGCCAUGUUUCACAUUGAGAAAUCCUCCCCGAUUCGAAAGCGAUCCGUCGAAACUGAAACGCCCAUACUACCUCCUCAGGUAGUACCUCCAAUGAGGUUAACCAUCCCUCGAGCGAGUAGCAACACGCUGAACGUCGAGGCCAACAUAAUAUCGACUACAAGUACUUCGGUGUCUUAUAACCGCAUUGUCGAAGAUUCUCCGUGUUUGCCAGAUUCCAAACGGGAAUUCGCGUCCGUGCAAGAAAUGAAAUCGAGUUCCACCUCUAUGCUGAGUCACUGCCCCGUCAGAGACGAGUUGCCGGUUCCGUUGGCUUCGAGCUCAAGCCCAACAACCGGAAUCGCUUCGGUGCUCAAUUCGCAUGCCGACUCUUUCCCUCGUGCAACCCCCAUGCCCGGCCCUUCCGUGAAAGCCAUGCAGGACUUGGAAGCCCUCAAUCGCGCCAUAGAGUCGGCCUUGGCAACGAAACCAUGCAUUUCUGAUUCCGUCAAACCGGAAGCAAUGGUUUCAGUCACGGCUGCCGUGACAGCAGUGACAACAGCAUCAGCGGGUAACAGUGUCAUGACGUCGAUUGAUUCGUCUCGCCACGCUCUCAAAUUCAAGAUCAAAGGUCCGUUUCUGGAUGCCAACUAUUCCGGGAACUCCGCUGGCAAUGCCUCCAACCUGCCGCUAUCUAUGAAUGCAAACAGCGUGACUUCUACUCCAGCCGCCGAGAGUUCCAACUUGAGGCGAAUGCGGAAGAAGGAAUUGAUCCGGCAGUACGUUUCGCAGGACGUUCCUACUCCAACUCAGCCCUCACAUCUGAACGCGUUCCUUCACUUUCCUUAUUCGUCCGCUCUCGCUUACGCCAACGAGGAGUAUCUCUUAGCCGGAAGCAACGAUCUCAGCGAAGUCAUUGGCAGCACCAAUAUCGGGACGCUUCCCUCCUCGUCGAAUCCGGGCCAGCAGGUUACGGGUGGUGGUUACAACGGAGGUAAAAGCCACAUUUCUAUUCCCAAAGCCGUGGCUUCUUUAGGGUCCUUUGGAAGUCACGACGAUUACGUCAGUACGGGUCCAAUCAAUGAAACACGAGAGGGAAAGAGGAGAAGAAGAGGCGCUUCUAUGAAUCCGCCUCUUUCUCGGGAGCUGCGGAAUCUCCAGAUGUCAGCGUCACUGGUGGAUCCGUCACUGGCCGCCGACAGAACCAUUGAAACCGAAGUCGGCAAGAGGAAGGAGCGACGACGAGGGCGGCCUCCGAGUAAUCGAAACAACACUUCUUGUUUGGAGAUGACACUGGCCAAUGAGAAAGACAACAAUACAAACCUCGACUUUGGUAGUCAUCCGCCUCCAAAAUUGAAGAUUCGAUUCCGUGAAAAGCUUGGCGCUGGCGAAGUGGUCACCGUCUGUGAUUCAGGUCUAGAAGUAUCCAGUGACAAUCAUGGAAAUGAUUUGAUGGCUCCUCGCACCAAGGAAGAAGAUGAAGCGAAGAAGAUUCGCUUCCGGCCUCCCAAGAAACGCCUGUCGGAUUCCGGGUGUGAUAUGACUAGACUGGCUGGAGGAGAAGGGCUUAACAGCGGAGGCAGCGAUCCACCACGUCAUGAAAACAACCCACCGACGCUGGAAGAGCUUUGGAGGCAAAGCAUGAAGUUUCGCGAGGAAGUCAUGGCCGAUUUUUCUAAAUCGGAACGACGGAAAGGACAUCCGACGCAAUCAGCCGAGGACAACGGCAACGGUGACAAGCCGGAUGGCGCACCUUGCGGUAUCGACUCCAAACCCGAGUUCAAAAACAAGCGCCACAAAACCAAAACGAGGAAGGAUCGCAGCAAAUCAAAGGAUCGUGACGGCAACAACCGUAGGAGGCCUCCUGUUGCUAGUACGGACCUUGUGUCAAUCGCUGGCGGGGGCGGCUUAGACUGUUUCGAAUUUGGCGGCGGAAACGGCGACAGUGGCGAAGGUAGCCGCAAAAGAAAACGAAGUUUAGGUGGCGAUGAGAGCGGUCUGAGCCCAUCUACGGAUGGCCACAUUGCUCGUAACGGCGUUCAAAUCAUUUCCAAAGACAACAGGGAAAACUGUUCCGCGCCGCCCAAACUCAUCAUCCGUUUUGGGAAGAAACCUGUGAGCAGUGUCGGCAACCGCGAUCCUUCUUCCAACGACCAGAAGUUGCCGCAGCCAGAUGGGGAGAAUGCGGAAUCUCAAGGAAACGAUGUCACACCACCUCCACCGCUGGAGAAACACGAAGGAGACGAUGUUCCAUCUGGAGUCACCUCGGUGCGGCUGAUGCCCAUCAAACUCAAACUGGCGCGUUGUUCACAAGGUAGCUACGUUACUAAAGCAAAAUCCGACUGCACUCCACCUCCAUCACCGACAGCCACGCCCAAGGAAAGUUGCGAAGUCAGGUGAUAACAGUAAUCGACUAUCCCCUCACACUCUGCUACAUUUCCAUGUACUCCUUCCUUUAAUCUCAUCUCCCCUAGUGUGUCGAAUGAUGAAUGAAAUCGGAGGUGAAAACAAGAUGAAUGAAUUGGUUUCAAAGUGCUCGUUCUUUGUACAAAAAGGAAUUAUUCAAUAACCCCAACUAAAAUUCGUGUUGUCAAAGAAGGCGCUUGCUGCAGCGGUCAUUUUAAAGAAAUUUGUUAGACCAAACAUAUUUUGCAUGCGUUGUGUUCCGAGUCAUUGACUCCCCGCCAUCUUUUUCUUUCCUCCGUUUUUUUUUUUUUUUUUGUUUUUUUUUUCUGAAUAAUAAUAAUUAUUUAUUUUUUUUUAUUGGUCCAUUUUCAUAAUGUGGAAUAAAAGUCUUACUUUCACCUCCGGCGGUUGAUCAACCAUUUGCCCAUAGAUUUUUGACAUACUGGACAGUCCUCUUUUUUCUUGUAUCCCAAUUUCACAAAUGUGGACAGAGGUACCUUAACAUCUUUCGGUCAUUUGUAUAUUAUUUUAAUACUACUGCGUCUCGUAUCCCCCCCCCCCCCUACUGUAACAUUUUUAACCUAAUUAUUAUUGAGUAUGUGUUUGUUCAAUAUUGUUCAUGCCCUUUUUGUCUCUUUUCUAGCCUUUAAAAUUUGAUACCCAUGUCAAAAACGAUGUGGUCAGAGCUAUUUGUAAUGUGUACAGUUUUCCCGAUGGAAGUGCAACGUUAUGAACUUUCUUACCCCCCACACCAUAACGUAACAACUGGCAUUUAGCUAAGGAAAAACAAAAAAAAAAAAACAAAUUUAGAUUCAUGUUGGAUGAAAUGAACUGCUUCACGUUGGUCCCGCUAUAUGACAAAAACACCUUUCGAUAAUGGACGAGUUAUAAUUGUGUAAGGUUUCGAUAUUAUUUAUGACGAACACCGCCGACUGAGUUUCUUUUAGCUGUUGUAAAUUUUGUGUUUUACACUGAAUAUUUUAAUCGUAUUGCAACUCAUGUAUUAGGUAACUGGUGUUCGAACGUGACUGGUUCCAAAUUAUGUUGGUAUUCGAUGUGACCACAUGGUACGGGCUUCUAAAUUGAAUACAAGCUUGAAUCCAAACUAA